GUUCGCCAUAUUGAUCAAACAAACAAUUUUAUCCAAAAAUAUCAUACAUAAAGAGUGUACAAUAUUAUAAAAAAACAACAGAAAAUAUUAUUUUAAAUAAUCAAAAAAUAUAUUAAAUAAAUAUUUAAGUGGUCUGUGACAUUUGUGUGUGAAUUUUCAUAAAGGAAUUAUAUUUUGUGUACUUAUAUACCAAAAUUAAAAAUGGCGUGUGCCACACUGAAAAGGCAUUUAGAUUGGGAUCAAACGUUAAGACCAAGUAAAAGACGACGAUGUGCUCCACUUUGUCAAAGCCCACAACAAAGUUCAUCGCCGAGACUGAAAGAGCCGUCCCCAUUUACAGAAGCUGUUACGCCCCAACUUACUCCCGAAAAAAUGGCAGCAAAUAUUCGUGACGAAAUUCGCCGUUUACAUCGUCGUAAACAAUUAACAUAUGUAUUCCCAGAAGGUGGAGAAUCAUCAUCCUCACAUAAUAAUCGUGGAUAUAGUAAUGCUGCAUUAGAGGAACGUAUGCAAGAUAGUGGAUCAGAUGGGGGUAAUAGUUCGGGUGCUGAAUCGCCAACACCAUUAAAUGUAUCACGAGCUGAACGAGCAUUAUUUACUUUUUCACAGGUGAAUAUGAUAUGCGAACGUAUGGUUCGUGAGCGUGAGACUGAACUACGUGAACAAUACGAUCAAGUAUUACAUACUAAAUUGGCUGAGCAAUAUGAUGCGUUCGUUAAAUUUACCUAUGAUCAGUUACAGAGACGUUUUGAUGCAGCGCCUAGUUAUUUAUCAUAAGAAAAUAUCUGGAUAUAUUUCACAAAUUAAAAUACUGCAUACAUCUGUUUGUUUUCCCCUCUUAUUUGUCAUGUAAUUUUUCAUAAAAUAAGUUUAGUGUGUAAUCGGUAUAUAAUAUUUUUUCCUACAUUUAUUCACUUAAUUCAUUAAUUAUUUUCCAAUUAAACACAAAAAA